AUGCUCAUCACCUCAAGCCAAUUCUCGAUCAGACUACUGCACAGUCUGCUCACAUUGAAGAAGACUCCAUGGGAAAUCCAGGAGACUGGUUGGCAGUUUGCAACAAGAGGACUGCCCAGCGUCUCUUGCAAUACCAUCAAGAAGAAGACUUGCACUUGGUGUGCCGAGUCGACAUACCAUCAGACACCACAAGAUAUUGAUGUCAACUCUAUCGAGCUGUAUGGCCAAGCAAGCUCAAAAGGCACAUUCCCGCACACGCUCAACUCUUUGAUCAAGGACCGUGCCAUCCAAAAACACAAGGAAGAAUUCUCUACCUGCACUCAUUGCAGUUCGGAAUUUCCUCUCAGUCAGAAGACGGUCAUGCUCGACCUUUCAGCUCACAUCCUUUGCGUGGGCUUGAAUACCGGCGAGAAAGACAACCUGCGCGACCUCAAGGAACCAAACACUAUCCUAGGUGGGGUCGAGCUCAAGUCCGAGCAUAUCUCGGGUGAAGAGCGCUCGGUCAAGUACAAGAUCGUCGCUUUGGUCUACUCGAGUGGUCCUAGUCAUUAA